AUGGCCUCGCCAGCGGCGGCGGCCGCGAAGGGGAAGGACGGGGAGGACGGGCCCGUCACGGGGGACAUGGUCAGCGCGGGCUUCGCGGAGCUGGAGCGGCAGCAGCAGCUGCUCGCCACCUGCACGCGCCUCUACCAGCAGCUGGCCGACCACUUCGGCUCGCUCGAGCGCGGGCUCGCGGCCCGCUCCGAGCAUCUCCGCGCCCGCCGCAGGGCCUUCGACGCCCGCACCCACCGCGCGCUCGACUCGCUCCACCGCCGCGAGGCCUCCAUCGACGCCUCCGUCUCGCGCGCGCUCGACCACCUCCACUCCAUCUCCGCCUCCGCCUCCAAGGAGACGGCGGCGCCGACCCCCACCCCCUCCGACUCCGCCGAGGAGGAAGGCCUCGCGGAGAGCCUGCGCGCGCUGUGCUUGCGGAUGGACUCGGCGGCGUUCCUGGGCUUCGUGGUGGCGCGCCGCAAGGAGGCGGACGCGCUGCGGGCCGAGAUGCCUCCCGCGCUCAAGCUCUGCGUGGAUCCGGCCAAGUUCGUCAUGGACGCCGUGGCCGACGUCUUCCCCGUGGACCGCCGCGAGGUGCCCCGGAACCCGGCCGACCUGGCCUGGGCGUGCGUGCUCAUCCUCGAGGCCGCCGUGCCGGCGCUCGCCGACCCGGACCCGGACAUCGGCGCCGCGCGCCCGCUCGUUCCCCGGGCGGCGCGCGAGCGCGCAAGGGGCAUGGCCAGGGAGUGGAAGGAGGCUAUCCAGAAGAAGGGGGGCGUGGAGGGGGCCAAGCCGCCCGACGCGCACGCGUUCCUGCAGCACGUCGCCACGUUUGCCGUCGCGGAGAGGGAGGACAGGCCGCUCUACCGCAGGAUUGUCGUCAGCUUCUCCUGGCGCAGGCAGAUGCCACGCCUCGCGCUCACACUCGGCCUCGAGGAAGAAAUGGCUGAUAUCAUUGAGGAACUAAUUGCUAAGAGGCAGCAGCUUGAUGCUGUGAAUUUCGCUUAUGAGGCUGGGCUUCAGGAGAAGUUCCCUCCAGUUCCUCUUUUGAAGUCCUACCUGGAAGACUUUAAGAAGACAUCAACCGCUGCUUCAGAUAAUUCAAGCACUAGCAGCGGCCAGUCAGGGAGCAACGCGAACAAGAAAGAGCAGUCUGCACUGCGAGCUGUCAUUAAGUGUGUUGAGGACCGUAAACUAGAAGCUGAGUUUCCACUGGAGGAUCUUCGGAAGCAACUUGAAGAACUAGAGAGAGCCAAAACCGAGAAGAAAAAGGCAGCAUCAAGCGCUACCAGUGGCGGCAGCAGCGGCCCUGCAACCAAGCGCAUCCGUGCAAGCAAUGGAGGCCCAAUGCCUCCUGCCAAGGCAGGUCGUCUCACUAACAAUGCUUGUGUGUCUUCUUUCCCAGCUCCCACCACAUUUACCCAGUCUCCCUCCCACACGUCAUAUGCCACGACCUCCCCUUCCCAUACCUCAUAUGCCAUGGCCUCCCCUUCCCACGCCGCAUACGCCACGACCUCCCCUUCCCAUGCAUCAUACGCCACAGCCUCCCCUUCCCACCCAUCAUACGCCACAGCCUCCCCUUCCCACCCAUCAUACGCCACACCCUCCCCUUCCCACACAUCAUACGCCACACCCUCUCCUUACCCUUACGACAGGCCGGUUGGACAUGGCCUCUACUGCAACCGGAGCCCGCCGGUGAUCAGGGAGCCGUAUGUUUACCCAGCUGAGGAGGUAGCCAGUGUCAAUGUCGGCAUUCCCAUGCCAUACUCCACCCCACCCAUGAGCUACCCUGCCCCCUAUGGCGGUUAUGGCAAUGGGAUGGCAGCUUACACCAAUGGAAUGGCUCCUGCCUUCCACCAGGCUUACUACCGGUAG